AUGUCUUCUUCUAGCCCAGAGUCGAUCGUCCCCAUUGAGAGAAUCCUCGUCACCCCGGGGAGCGUGUUCGUUCCCUCUGAGACCUUCCUCACUACGGCCACCACCAGGGUUAUUGAAAGUGUACUCGACCUGGGAAUAAACUUCACCAUCUCAGUCCUGGGUGUGGUCACCAAUAUCUUGGUCAUCGCCGUUUUCUGCAAACAAGGCUUCAGAGACAGCGUCAGCGUUUCCAUGACGACCAUCGCCGUGUGGGACUUGCUGAAAUGUUUGAGCGGCGCUCUGCAGAGGCUCGCGGGCCCCAUGGCUUUGUUGUACCCGCCAGAAGCUCAAAGCUGGAGAAAUAUCUCCCACGUAGCUUUUAACUUCUCCAUAAGCUUCUCCACCUACGUGACCAGCGCUCUCGCGGCGUACGUGGCUGUAGAGAGAUGUCUCUGUGUCUGCUUCCCCCUCCACGUCAAGUGGCUGCUCACCAGGAAGAUCUCCGCCUUCAUGUGCAUCACCAUUUCCGUGGUGGUGUUUGGCGGUUUUUCCGUCAUGUUCGGGGUCUACGACAUUCUCUAUGUGUGGAGUUCUCGCUACAACGCCUCGGUGGCUAUCUACAAGUACAAUACAUUUGCCUUGACCAACAAAGGCCCAGUUUUCCAAUACUACAACCUCAUCGGAAUCAUAUGGCCUUGUCUGAGUUUUGUUGUCAUUACGUUUUGCACCGGGGUCAUCACACAACGCCUGAGACAAGCUUCUAGCUUCCGGAACAAAAACGACGUUUUAGGUGACCGCCAGUUAAAGAAAACUUGA